GGUUUGUGCAAAGUCCAGAGGAUGGGUCUGAAAGGAGGUGGUGCCAGAGCUCCCUUCUGCCAGAGCUUGGUCCAUUGGAGAUGCACAUCCCAGCAGAUAACCCUUUGGCUGGAUGGAUAAAGCUUCUGCACUUUGUUUUUGGAAGUAUUUGACCAACAGAACAUGAGGCAUGGAAGAGUUCUAAGGUUAUCAGCUGCUUUGGGCCGAGCAUCAUCAUCUUUGCCCAAGUGGAUUUAGGCUUCCAAGACAGGCCUUCAGACAGUCCAAUGGCAGACCAAAGGAUGGACAUAUCUUCUACCAUUAGUGACUUUAUGUCACCAGACCCUGCUGACUUGAUCUCCAGUUCCCUUAGCACUUCAGGAAUGGACUGUAAUAGGAAAAGAAAGGGAAGCUCAACUGAUUAUCAACUCGAUGGCUUUCCUUUUGAGGAAGGUAUGGAUACAGAUAAAGAUGACCAACAUGGAAGAUUGGAGUACGCAGACCAACAAGGCAGGAUAAAAAAUGCAAGGGAGGCUCACAGUCAGAUCGAGAAGAGGCGCAGGGAUAAGAUGAACAGUUUCAUAGACGAGCUGGCCUCGCUGGUGCCCACGUGCAACGCCAUGUCCCGCAAGCUGGACAAGCUCACCGUGCUCAGGAUGGCUGUGCAGCACAUGAAAACGCUUCGUGGUGCUACAAACCCAUAUACAGAAGCAAACUACAAGCCUGCUUUUCUAUCAGAUGAUGAAUUAAAACAUCUCAUUCUCAGGGCAGCAGAUGGAUUUCUUUUUGUUGUGGGCUGUGACAGAGGAAAGAUACUGUUUGUUUCAGAAUCUGUCUUCAAGAUCCUCAACUACAGUCAGAAUGAUUUGAUUGGUCAAAGUUUAUUUGAUUAUCUCCAUCCUAAAGACAUUGCCAAAGUGAAGGAGCAGCUCUCUUCUUCUGACACCGCGCCACGAGAAAGACUCAUAGACGCAAAAACUGGACUCCCGGUCAAGACGGACAUCACGCCCGGGCCCUCGCGGCUCUGCUCCGGAGCGCGCCGCUCCUUCUUCUGCAGGAUGAAGUGCAACAGGCCCUCUGUCAAAGUAGAAGACAAGGAUUUCCCUUCAACCUGCUCAAAGAAGAAAGCAGACCGCAAGAGCUUUUGCACGAUUCACAGCACGGGCUACUUGAAAAGCUGGCCUCCCACCAAGAUGGGGCUGGACGAGGAUAACGAGCCAGAUAACGAGGGAUGCAAUUUAAGCUGCCUGGUUGCCAUCGGGAGGCUCCAUCCCCACGUGGUGCCGCAGCCGGCCAACGGCGAGAUCCGCGUCAAGCCCACGGAGUACGUGUCCCGCCACGCCAUCGACGGCAAGUUCGUCUUCGUGGAUCAGAGGGCAACAGCCAUCCUGGCAUACUUACCCCAGGAACUUCUAGGUACUUCGUGUUACGAGUAUUUUCAUCAAGAUGAUAUAGCACAUCUUGCAGAAUGUCACAGACAAGUUUUGCAGACAAGAGAAAAAAUCACGACUAACUGCUACAAGUUUAAAAUAAAAGAUGGCUCUUUUAUUACGUUGCGGAGUCGCUGGUUCAGUUUCAUGAACCCUUGGACCAAAGAAGUAGAAUACAUUGUCUCCACAAACACGGUGGUUUCCACGGCGGUCCUGGACAGCGGGGACGCGGCCUUUCCCCAGCUGGCAGCGUCCCCCCACAGCAUGGACAGCGUACUCCAGCCUGGAGAAGGUGGCCCCAAAAGGACCCAUCCCACUGUGCCUGGAAUUCCAGGUGGAACAAGAGCUGGGGCAGGUAAAAUAGGCAGAAUGAUUGCUGAAGAAAUCAUGGAGAUUCACAGGAUAAGAGGCUCAUCACCUUCCAGCUGUGGCUCGAGUCCCCUGAACAUCACCAGCACCCCCCCACCCGACACAUCCUCGCCAGGAGGGAAGAAGAUCUUGAAUGGUGGCACUCCAGACAUUUCUUCAGCUGGGCUGCUGUCCGGGCAAAUCCAGGAUAAUUCUGGGUACCCGUAUUCCGACAACUCCUCUAUCCUGGGGGACAACUCCCACAUCGGCAUCGACAUGAUCGACACGGAGCAGGGCUCCAGCAGCCCCAGCAACGACGAGGCGGCCAUGGCCGUCAUCAUGAGCCUGCUGGAGGCCGACGCGGGGCUCGGCGGCCCCGUGGACUUCAGCGACCUGCCCUGGCCCUUGUAAAUGACCCAGCACCCCAACAGCCAAGUGCAUUUACUGGUGGAGCUCUGCAGUCUGUGAAACUCGCGGGACUGAGAGGCUUUUAUGUGGGAACUUCAUAAAAGCUGUGUCAGAAUGCGACUCAUCCUACCAUGUGUAACUUCAGACAAAGUGGAAUAACCUGCUACAGUGUUCUGUGUUGAUUUGGUUAGCUGUGUAUAGCUUGCAAUACUUGUAUAUUUUGGAUUCUGUUGUUUGAAAUUUUUUUUAAAUCACUGUGCAACUCACUGGCAUCAGUGGUAGCUUUUAUAUGCAAAUGACCAUUUCAGAUGUAUGGUGUGUUUUUACACUGCAAAACAGUCCCCAUGUGGAUAUUUCUUAUACUAAUUGUACCAUAAAGCUGUUUAUUCUUUCUUGUAAGAAUCCUUUACUAUAAAUAUUGUUAAAGUGUAAUGUAUUAGACAGUUAAAUAUUUUUAAAAUAAAUGUUUCCCUUGUUCUAAGAUGGAGCAUUUACUUUGAUAAAUAAAUUUGAUAAAACCCUGCUGAAGGUGCAUGCUAG